GAAUCCGCCCCUUUCUCACCACCUACUCAACCCAGCUCCUGGUCCAAGCAAUGGUUCUAUCCCGCCUGGACUACUGCAACUCUCUUCUGGCUGGACUACCGGCAUCUGCCACCAGACCCCUGCAACUCAUUCAGAAUGCUGCGGCUCGUCUGGUCUUCAACUUCCCCAGACACUCCCACGUCACUCCCCUGCUCACUACCCUCCACUGGCUGCCUGUUAUAGCUCGCAUCAAAUUUAAAACAUUGGUCCUAGCAUACCAGGCAGUCAAGGGAUCAGCCCCAGCAUACCUCCACAAGAUAUUCAAACCCUACAUGCCAGCCAGAUCCCUCCGUUCUGCUACCUCAGGACGCCUAGCACCUCCCCCUCUUCGCACCUGCACUUCCAGAACACGUCUCCUGUCUGUUCUGGCCCCACGAUGGUGGAAUGACUUCCCUGUGGAGGUCAGAACAGCUGAGACACUGACCCAUUUCAAACGACGACUGAAGACUCACCUCUUCAGGCUGCACCUCUCCCCAUCCCUCCCUACCCCCCUGUAAAUGACUGUAAGCUUAGGGUUGUAACUAGGCAGCUGUUUCGUAGGUGACUUAGGUGCAUUAACUGUCUUAACUACUGCUUGUAUUUUUUCCAUAGAUUGCGUUGUUGCCGUUCUCGUUGUGUUAGUGUUAAUCAGUUUAACCUUCAGGGUCCAAGUUGAACUAUGCGGUUGUUCCCUGCACUUGGACCGGUACUUCUCUCUAGGGGUUUCGUCAUUCUUGUUCCUGGUUAUGGUUAUACACUUUGUUGUACGUCGCUCUGGAUAAGAGCGUCUGCCAAAUGCCUGUAAUGUAAUGUAAUGUUUAUUUAUCUUGUUUAUUUAUAUUGGCUGCUAUCACUUUAAGAUUCAAUAUUGACUGUCCCUGAACUUUGAUCAUUCCUUUGCCUGCACUUCAAUGCAGUUAAAAGAUCAGAAGGCUGUAAACAACUGACAAAACAAUUGUCCUGCAGCAUGGAGAGUGCCAUGGGGUACCCUGGUGACCUUUUUACCUUUUAUACUCAUGGCCUGUCGGAACAAGGAUGAACAGAUAAACAGACAUACAUCAAUAAUCUCUUUGUAUUUAUUUUCUUUGUUGUAGUUUGUUAGAUUGUAUGUCUUUUCUUUACUUAUAGAAUGGCAAUCUAUAUUUGUCUUGAUUUGUAAAUACAAUGUUUUACCUUUCAACAUCAUUGAACUACUGUACGUGUCCUUGGUUAUCGCCAUCUGUCAUUAUAAACUGUUUUCCCUUUUUCAGGGCAUCUAAAGUAUGUGGUUUGCAUAUACACACUGACCGGGGUGAGCAUCUCUGCAAGGACCAGUCAGUGCAUUGGCCUUAUAUGCAGUGCUGGGGAUCAAGUAGAAUGGCAAACUCCAGCAGAACAUUUUCCGAUGUUAGAUCCGCUGUACUGUCUGUCCAUAAAAAUGAAUCUGCUGAAGACCAAAUUUGUUUCUACAACAACUGGGCUGAAAACUACGAACAGGAUGUAGCUAUAUUGGAUUUCAGGGCCCCUAGGCUUGCUGCUGAGUGCCUGUCAAAUUCCUUUGAGGGAGACCGAGAGAAAGCAGUGGUUCUGGAUGUGGCCUGUGGCACAGGCCUGGCGUCCACUUGGCUGCAGAAAAAUGGAUUUAAGAAUUUUGUGGGACUGGAUGGCAGUGACAAAAUGCUUGAAGCAGCCAAGAGAAAAGGACUUUACCAGGAGCUGAAGCAGUGCAUGCUGGGAGCCGCAGCCUUGCCUGUCCAAGCUGGGACAUAUGAUGUUGUCCUCAUUGUUGGAGCCCUAGGUAGUGGGCAUUUGCCAGUUACGAUCAUUAGGGAACUAUGGAAAGUCGCAAAGCCUGGGGGCUACAUCUGUUUGACCACGAGGGGAGACGAGAGCAACAAGGAGUACAAAAAUCACCUUGAGCUUACUCUGAAUGAGAUGGAGAAGGAAGGGCUCUGGUCCCGGGUUUCAGUCAUGGAGGUGGAAGACUGGGAGAAGGCAGUGUCAGAGCAAGAAUCAGGGUACAUAUCUGGAGCAGUUUACUUGUAUAGGAAGUCUGAGACAUAAUGCACAGUGGUGUGCAAAUAUUUUGGCACCUGUGAAACUAUUUUGUUGAUUUUCUGAGUGAAAAGAUAUUAACACAAUCUCUGCAGGGAACAGUCACUUCUGUGAAUUUUAAUGUACAAUUUCUUAAUAUUUUCUGAUUCUGACAGAUUGUAAAAAUUUAAAUGUUUAAUGUGGCAUUGUAUAGUGGUGACAACUUGAAAACUUUGAAGACACUCAUUGCGAUGCAUUGGACCAAUCUUUUUGGGAAAUAAAUGUAUGACCUGUGAAGACAAAACAUUUUCUCUGAACAACUGUAUUAUUAACAAAAAUACAUUGCAUCAAUGUGC